GCCGCCAUUCAGGGGACCUGCCAAGACCUUCAAGUAGAAAAGCGAUAAAGUUGUUAUGAUACGCCCUAAUACUGAAGCCUAUCAGAGUCUUUCAUCAUUCAACAAAUACAGUGCAUAUUUUCUACAAUGAACGUUCAGUGUUUGCAUGUCACGAGAUUGUUUUGCCACAUGCAUCGGAUGCCUUUGCGACUGACAGAAGCCGGGAAGGCGUGGGCAUCAAGACUGUUCUGUUUACGUUCGUUGAGCACUGAUCUCGGUUCUGAUGACAGACCCGUUUUCACUCCGCGUAAGGCUGCAGUCUUGACACGGAUAACCAGAUAUGAGUUUGAGAAAAGACGAUGCAGCGGCUUGUCAGAGACGGAACUGAAGAAAUAUCUCGAGUCGAAAAACUCAGACUAUCAAGGACUUCUGGAUCGACAUAACACACAUCUAGCAGGACUGGAAGUUAUCAAGAAAAAUUUAGAAGGAGCUAACAUAGAGACCAGAAUUGUUAGUCGACUACAGUUUGAUACGAAGCUGAUCGACUGGGCCGAUGUCAUAUUCACAGCGGGAGGAGACGGGACAUUCCUGUUGGCUGCCAGUAAAGUGAAUGACAAAAGUAAACCUGUCAUUGGGAUCAACACAGACCCAGACAGAUCGGAAGGCCAUCUUUGUCUACCUAAAACUGGCUACUGUGGGAAGAACUUCCAUUCUGCUUUGAAGAGAUUGCUGGAUGGGAAUUUCAGGUGGAAAUGGCGUCAUAGAAUAAGAAUCACCAUGUCAGGUUGCCAUAACAACGAUGAAGCAAUAGAGCUUCAUGAUCAACAACUGCAGUUUGUUGAACAUCGAUUUACGGAACACAUUCAAGAGAACGAACAAGUCCGGCACCCUAUUUGUUCUGUGAGAAACAUUCCAGCACAGCGCGUUCUGCCAGUGCUUGCCCUCAAUGAAGUGUUUAUUGCAGAAAAACUGUCAGCAAGAGUGUCUUAUUACGAGCUGUCUGUGGGCAAGGGAAUCUCAGAGAAGCAGAAGAGUUCUGGAGUCACAGUGUCUACGGGCACUGGGUCGAGUUCCUGGUUCUUCCACAUAAACUAUCUCCCCGUGGAGGGGGUCAAGGAGAUACUAGAUAUAGCCAACAAAUACACCGAACACAAGUUCCCUGUAGACGACAGCUCACUCCUCGAGAAGAUCAAGGACUCAUUCAACUCUUCUCUCACCUUUGACCCAAGUGAACCGCGGAUGGCUUACAGCAUCAGAGACCCUGUAGUAAACGAUGUAUUUAAAACAAAUAACCCAAGAGGAUUUGCUGACAAAGUUGUAAUUCGGUCUCGGAUGUGGGAUGCCUGUCUGGUGGUUGAUGGGGGUUCAUCCUUCCGGUUUAACGAUGGCGCUACCGCUACACUGGAGAUCUGUGAUGAUGAUGCCCUGCGAACAGUCAUGUUUCACGUGGACUAGUCAGACCUCUAUGACCUCUGUGAAAAGGCAUCCAGUCUAUUCCAAGCCUUGAAAUAUGCCAAUAUAGGUCCUGUUUUCUUCAUCAACCCCAAAUGAGGAUUGAAUACUAUCAGGUUUGGUGUGCUGUAGAUUCACCUGUGAUGUGUGAUUGGAAGAAAUGUGCAAGUUACCAUGGUUACAGAAAUAGAUGCAUACAUCUGUGAGUGAGAAGCUUGUAUCCUUCAUCAAACUAUAAACUGAUAAAGUUCACAAUCAAAUGAAUUCUCAGUGGCAAGACCUGUUGGAAUAACAGCCAGAUAAAAGUUGAUGAAGAUUUUUCCUUCAGCCACGAGAAUACGUGUUCUAUUCUUUUGAAUAUUAUUGUAUGAUCAGGUUUGCUGUGGAUCUGAUAAUGGCUGUAAUAUUUGCUGUGUACCAUUGCAGUGUAGUAGGGGACUGACAGAUGUACGUUUAGGGCAGAUUAUGAUGUAGGCACUUUUACCAACAGCAUAUUUUCAGUGUUUGUUAAUGGUUAUAUUAGGCUUAAAAAAAUAAUAGUCUUGGUUCUCAGGCACUGCCCACAUCAUCAUAAAGUCCGCACGUUGUUGUUUUUUUCCAUUUUCAACAAAAGAAAUCUUUAAAUAUUCCUCAAAAUUUGGUUACAUACUAGCUUGAACAACCAAAAACAAAAAAACACUGCCCGCACGCACUAUAUUUUCAAAAGCCAUUGCCUGAGAACCAAUUCUUUUAUUUUUUUAAGCCUUAUGUUCGUAUAUGUAUGUUGAUGCCAGCUAUUUGGCACCUGUAUUUUGUAUUGUUGGGGUGAGUGGGUAAAACAAUUGCCAAAGUGGUUUGUUUAUGUGAAAAUUGCCAAAUAUUAUACCGGUAACUUUACCUUGAAUUUAUAGUCCAUGUCUUCAUGAUUUUACCCCAUCAGUCACCAAUCUCACUUAAAUCAGAUUUGUUUGUUACCGCUAAUGUUUACAAGCUUGACCAAAGGAAGUAGAUUAGUCGCACUGGUGCAACAUUAUUUAUAUCAGGUCAUAACUACCAGCACUUUGAAAGUGUCAGUUCAUAUUGAAUGUAUGUGCCAUUUUUCGUCAAAAUCAUGUGAAUGUAGAUCAUAUGAAGAAUGGGAUUACCAGUAUUUCCUCAGGUACAUGUACGUGGUAGUGUCUACUGAUUGUACCAACUGCUGUAUGCAAGGAGCAGGCACUGGUUCUUGCAUUAUUUGGAGUCAAAUCAAAUGAUGGGUGGCACCAUGACUUGUGAUACAUUAAAAGAAAUAUAUGAUGUUUUACAAUUGAAUAAUUUACCUCUGUUUUUUGGUAAGACAUGUUGGACCCAGUAGCCUAUAAUGUCAAUCACUGGAUUGUCUGGCCCAGAGGGGCGGUCGGGUAGCCCAGUGGUUAAAGCGUCCGCUCGUCACGCCGAAGACCCGGGUUCGAUUCCCG